AUGGGUAAAAGUUUUGCUGACUACCAUCUAGCUGCAGACACUUCGGCAGUUGUGCACUAUGAUCAGCUAACAAAGGAAAUUGAGUGUGAGAAAAGUAUUGAAGUUCUAGUAGAGGAUCUUCUUAUGUCUUUCAAGUUAAAUGUUGAACAACGGCAUGCCUAUGAUUUAAUUCUCCAGCCAGUUUUCUCUCCUCUUGGCCAAAGUUUUUUUAUUAAUGGUCCUGGAGAAACCGGUAAGACCUUCUUAUAUAGGUCCCUUCUUGCUACCUUGAGAUCCCAAGGACACAUUGCUAUUGUGGUUGCAACGUCAGGUGUUGCAGUCUCUAUUCUUCCAGGAGGAAGAACAGCCCACUCUAGGUUUAAAAUACCAUUAGAUUUUUCUAGAAAUAAAACUUGCCAGCUUAGUAAACAGGGCAGUAUUACAAGAUUACUUCUUCAAUCAAGGUUAAUCUUGUGGGACGAGGCUUCAAUGGCCAAACUAGAAACUCUUGAAGCCUUUGAUGAUUUGCUUAGAGAUAUAAUGGACUGUGACCUUCCAUUUGGAGGAAAAAAUAUACGAGCCAUCUUAGAUCCAGUAUUCUCAGAAUUCUUAUUGAGAAUAGGAGAAGGAAGAGAAGCUGUUGAUAGACAUGGUGAAAUAACUUUAUCUUCUGAGAUGGUCAUCCCUUAUACUAAAAAAGAAGAAUCUUUGAACAGGUUGCUCAAAUCAAUUUUUUCAGAUUUAAUGACCUAUUCAAAAGAUCCUUAUAGUAUGAUCAAUAGAUGUGUCUUUGUUCCAAAAAAUAGUUCAGUUGAUGAAAUAAAUGACGUGAUGAUCAAAAGAUUUUCUGGAAAUCUUCAUGUCUAUGUCAGUUCUGAUAGAACUGUUGAUCCACGCCAUCAAGGAGACUAUGAAGAUUUUUUAAAUUCUCAAAAUCCAAAAG